CAGCCGCUUCCCUGCGCCUCCUCCAGCAGCCAGUCAGAGGAGGGAUGCUCUGAACGCGAGACUGCAGCAUCUUCACCGAGUCAGCCGAACCGCACGCCUCUUUCUCCGCGUCUUCCUGCAGCUCCGGACCCGCGCCGCCCGCCGACACCCCGGGGUGUCUUCAUCCGCGCCUCCUGGAGCCAGGACCGGACAACCGCACUGAGAUUACGCUCGGAUUUUCCUCCUUUGUUUUUUCAUAUUAUCACAACAAGCCCGAUUGUUUUUCUUUUUUGUUUGUUUGUUUUGUUUCUUCCUUUGUUUUUCUUGUUUUCUUCAUUGUUCGCGGAGGAGCGCCACCAUCCGGAAUGACACACAUAUCGUAGCCCGCAUAUCUGAAGGUUCUUGGAAGAGAAAGUAUUUUUUAUUAUUAUUAUUUUUAUUGUUAUAAUUUUCCCGCAGGAAGCGGAUCCGGUGGAUUUUUGUUUCCAUCUUUCCGUCGCUGCGCAGCAUCUCUCAACCUGCGCCGUCCGUAAGAAAAAGGCGUAUUUCCCCCAUUCUUAAAGCGAUCUCGCUUUCUCCCAGGACUCAUCUGCACGGCUGCGCUGCGUACAGACCAGCGGAGAAAGGGAGGAAGAAGAAAAAAAACACACACACACCACAUACACACACACACACACACCACACGCACGGACGGGGGAUUUAAGCGCAGACGCAGCUUAAGCAUCCAAGAGCGAGCUCGAAAAUGAUGGCCGGCGGAGCUGUGCAGCAAAACGGCAUUUUCUCAAGUCCCCACCAUCACAGUCAGCAGCCGCACAUGGAGUCCGACCCCCCGGAUUCGCGUAAAAGACCCCUGGAGACCCCGACGGAGGCCAGCAGCACCAAGCGCACAAACACGGGAGUGGCCUUCCUGCAGCCCCUAUUUGAAUCUGAAGGCAUUGUUUACCCUCAACAAGAAACUGAGACUCCUGAGGAAGGCGAGUACUUCCUGAAGGUUUUGAUUCCCAGCUAUGCUGCUGGUUCAAUCAUCGGGAAAGGAGGCCAGACCAUCGUUCAGCUGCAGAAAGAGACUGGAGCCACCAUCAAACUGUCAAAAUCCAAAGACUUCUACCCUGGCACGACAGAGCGGGUGUGUCUGAUCCAGGGGACGGUGGAGGCGUUGAAUGGCGUCCAUGACUUCAUCGCUGAGAAGGUGAGGGAGAUGCCUCAGAGCACCCAGAAGACAGAACCAGUCAGCAUCCUGCAGCCGCAGACCACCGUCAACCCGGACCGCGUCAAACAGGCCAAGCUGAUUGUCCCCAACAGCACAGCCGGCCUCAUCAUCGGCAAAGGCGGCGCUACGGUCAAGGCGGUGAUGGAGCAGUCUGGGGCUUGGGUCCAGCUAUCCCAGAAGCCCGAGGGCAUCAACCUGCAGGAGCGUGUGGUCACCAUCAGUGGCGAGCCGGAGCAGAACCGCAAAGCCGUGGAGAUUAUCAUCCAGAAGAUCCAGGAAGACCCUCAGAGCUCCUCCUGCCUGAACAUCUCCUACUCCAACAUCACCGGGCCGGUGGCCAACUCCAACCCCACCGGCUCCCCGUACGCCAACUCCACCGAGGUGAUGCCGGCGGCGGCGGCCGCUGCAGCCGCCACCGCCUCCUCUCUGCUGGGCCAGGCGGGCCUGGCGGGAGUCGGCGCGUUCCCGACCACCAUGUCCAGCUUCUCAGGCAACGACUUGCUCGCCAUCACCUCCGCGCUCAACACCCUGGCCAGCUACGGCUACAACACCAACUCUCUGGGGCUGGGGCUCAAUCCCGCCGCCGCUUCCGGGGUGCUAGCCGCCGUAGCGGCUAACGCCAACCCAGCAGCGGCCGCCGCGGCUAAUUUGUUAGCGUCGUACGCCAGCGACGCGUCUACCAGCGCGGCGCACCCUGUCGCGAGCCUGGGAGGCCUCUCUCUGGGGUCACUGGCGGCCGCCACUGGCGCCACUAAUGGCUACCUGAGCGCGGCGUCGCCUCUGGUGGCGUCGUCCCUCCUGGCGACGGAGAAGCUAGCAGAGGGAGCGAAGGAAGUGGUCGAGAUCGCCGUGCCGGAGAACCUCGUCGGCGCCAUCUUGGGGAAAGGCGGGAAGACGCUAGUGGAGUACCAGGAGCUGACCGGCGCCAGGAUCCAGAUCUCGAAGAAAGGCGAGUUCAUCCCGGGAACUCGGAACAGGAAGGUGACCAUCACGGGGUCGCAGGCCGCCACGCAGGCCGCGCAGUACCUGAUCAGUCAGCGGAUCACCUACGAGCAGGGCGUCCGCGCCACCAACCCACAGAAGGUGGGCUAAACCUGACAGCCGCCCGGAAAUGAGGAGGAAAAGUGAAAAAGGAACGGGGGCUUCGGGGGAGGAGAGCAAAGAAAAAGGGAGAAUGGAAAAAAGGAGAGGAGAGAAAGAAUAUCCGAAGGAAUCGUUUGCGCCGUUUUCUUCUGUGUUUUCAGUAUUCUAUAUUAAAAAAA